GGGUUUCAUGUUUCCAAACAGCCACCUCUGUAUCGCUCCUCCCUGUAUCGCUCCUCAUCGUUGCCAGACAGCUUGAACAGUCCAAGUCUGAAGCAGGUGGUAAAAUUCAAGGACAGCACAAUACCAGAUAAAGUAAAAAAGAAGUAUUGUUCAAACCACAAAGAGCUCGGAAAGGACUUAGGUCUAAAGAAGAUGGUCUCCCUCUGUGACAUCAACAUGACUCAGAUGCUGGAGGAAGAUUCAAACCAGGGGCCUCUGAUUGGUGAUUUCUCCAAGGUAUGUGCACUGCCAACCGUGUCAGGGAAACACCAAGAUCUGAAGUACGUCAACCCAGAAACAGUGGCUGCCUUGCUAUCAGGGGAGUUCCAGGGUCUGAUUGAGAAGUUUUAUAUCAUCGAUUGCCGCUAUCCAUAUGAGUACCUAGGAGGACACAUUCAGGGAGCAUUAAACUUGCACAGUCAAGAAGAAUUAUAUAACUUCUUUCUGAAGAAACCCAUUGUCCCUUUGGAUAUCCAGAAAAGAAUAAUCAUCGUGUUCCAUUGUGAAUUCUCCUCUGAGAGGGGUCCCCGAAUGUGCCGUUCUCUGAGAGAAGAGGACAGGGCUCUGAACCAGUAUCCUGCACUGUACUACCCAGAGCUGUACAUCCUCAAAGGGGGCUACAGAGACUUCUUUCCAGAAUAUAUGGAGCUGUGUGAACCACAGAGCUACUGCCCGAUGCAUCACCAGGACCAUAAGGCUGAGCUGCUGAGGUGUCGAAACCAGAACAAAGCAUGGGAAGGAGGGCGACAGCUGCAGGAACAGAUUGCCUUACUGGUGAAGGAUGUGAGCCCAUGAUAUCAGGUCACCUACUGGCUGCCUGGGACUCACCAAAAGGCACUGUAGAAACCCUGAGCAGAAAGAGGCCAUCUUCUGUGCAGCCUUUUUUCAUUCUAAGAUGUUAAAAGAUGUCAGUAAACCAACAGGCUGCCAAACUAAAGAAAUCCCAGGCGUGGGGAUUGAUUACAUUUUAGUAGAGCUGUUGGCUAGUAAGGAAGUCCUUGAGCUAGUUCUCUAAGGUUGGAGCCUUGGGUUGCAUGGAGAUUUAUGUUGCUUCAGGGGGCUAUUGCAUUCCUCUUCCUAACUACUCUCGUCUUCUCAGAGGUCAGCCAGAUCUUUCUCCUGGGCUUCUGGCUAUGCAAGAGAGAGUUGGGAGAGUUGUCCAUCUUCUUUCUCUGUAUUUUCCUUGUUUGUAUCCCUCUCUCUUCUUUUUUUAAAAAUGGAAAUAUAAACAUUGAUGAAUGAGAAAAACUCCUAGAAGAUGUAUAUAAGGAAGUAAUCACCACACUUAAAUUCCUUCAGACAAAGAUGUAGCCAUCUCAAUUCAUAGCUGAGGCCAAAGUGCUUUUCUCCAGACCAUGGUUCUCAAAGUUUGGGCCCUGGUCCAUCAGCAUUAUCUGAACUUUGCUUGAAAUGCAGGUUUUCAGAGCCCACUCCAGACCUACUAAAUCAGAAUGUCUGAGGUUAGGGCCCAGAAAUCUGGGUUUUAAAAAUCUCCCAUUCAGGUGAUGGUGAUGCAUGUCAAGGCUUGAGAACUACAGCUCUGGAAUUAAAGAAAACCUUUUAAAUGGAA